CCGCUGCCGUCAGAGCAGUCGCGGCGCGAGCGGGGAAGGAGGCGAGUGCGCUCUCUCCGUCUCUCUCUCUGAAGGGAAAAAGCCCGGCCAGCCAAUCAGAUCUCCCGCUUGCUCUUUUUCUCCCCUCUCUCUUUUUUCUCUCCAUUUCUCUUUCUCUCUCUCCUUCAGACCGGUUGAUUUUGUGUUUCUCGCUCCAGCGACUCGGUCGGGCGAGAAAUUUUGAUCGAUUGCCUUUUGAAAUUUUUUUUUAUAUUAAUUUUCAAAAACAACAAAUAAGAAAGAUGGUGGAUCGUGAGCAGCUGGUGCAGAAAGCCCGGCUGGCCGAGCAGGCUGAGCGCUACGACGACAUGGCGGCUGCCAUGAAGAACGUGACGGAGCUGAACGAGCCGCUGUCCAACGAAGAGCGCAACCUGCUGUCGGUGGCCUACAAGAACGUGGUGGGCGCCCGGCGCUCCUCGUGGCGCGUGAUCAGCAGCAUCGAGCAGAAGACCUCCGCCGACGGGAACGAGAAGAAGAUCGAGAUGGUGCGGGCCUACCGCGAGAAGAUCGAGAAGGAGCUGGAGGCGGUGUGCCAGGACGUGCUGAGCCUGCUGGACAACUACCUGAUCAAGAACUGCAGCGAGACCCAGUACGAGAGCAAGGUCUUCUACCUGAAGAUGAAGGGGGAUUACUACCGCUACCUGGCGGAGGUGGCCACGGGGGAGAAGCGGGCGACGGUGGUGGAGUCCUCCGAGAAGGCCUACAGCGAGGCCCACGAGAUCAGCAAGGAGCACAUGCAGCCCACGCACCCCAUCCGGCUGGGCCUGGCCCUUAACUACUCUGUUUUCUACUACGAGAUCCAGAACGCGCCGGAGCAGGCGUGCCACCUGGCCAAGACGGCCUUCGACGACGCCAUCGCCGAGCUGGACACCCUCAACGAGGACUCCUACAAGGACUCCACCCUCAUCAUGCAGCUCCUCCGCGACAACCUAACGCUCUGGACGAGCGACCAGCAGGACGACGACGGCGGCGAAGGCAACAACUAGGGCCCCUCGGACGGACUGGCAGCCGCACGCCGAUGCUACUCCUGCAGUCUUUAUGUUUUUUUCCCACCAGUUUUUGGGGGGGAGGGGGUCAGGGGUGGGGAGGGGAGGGGGAGAGGAGGGGCGACCUUCCCGGGAGGCUCCCCACAAACCUGUCUUGGAUUGCCUCUUUGACACUUUUGCCAAAACACCACUCGUGGGAAGUCAGGCUGGCUGGGCGUGUUUGGGAAGGAAGACGGGAAGGAGGAAGGAAGGGAGGAAGGAAGGAAGGGCAGCCUCGCAGUGGCACAUGGACUGUUCUGUAGACAACACAUCAUCAUACCAGGGGAGCUGUCUUUAAGUUAUCUUGACCGCUAGGCGUUGACGAUGACUAACUCGAACGGAAUGGCCCUCUUUUUAACCAUUUUUGUUUUCUGCCGUUUUUGUGCGUUUUUGUUUGCCGUCUUUUUUUCCUUUUCAGGUUCUGUGGUUCCAGUAAGCUUUUCGGUCCAUCCCUCCUUGUUUCAUUCCCCUAUUUAUAAACCUCACCCGCCAUGACAUUUCGCUCGUGUGUCUCUUCUCCCGGUCCUUAGUUUUGGAACGCCUCUUGCUUACGAUGAUCGCGUCGUUUUACAGGUGAAAGGAAAGCCCCCGACUCGAAAAAAAACACCACCGUCUCGGAGCUUUCUCGAGAAACUUAAGAUAGCUCGCAGUAUUAAAAGCUCAAUUGCAGUUUACAGUAUUUCUACGCGACAGCCAUAUUUGACAUCAAGCCAUCGAGUGUGAACUUGCUUUGCUUCUUUUUUAUUUUCUUUCUCCCGACCUGCUUGCCUUCCUUUAGUUUCCUUGUUCCGAUCCUUAGCCAUUUUCAUUGGUGCUUGGCGAGCGGCUGUAUAAAAGUUUCCAAGAAUCAACGGGAGGAUAGGAUAGCAGGAAUAAAAAUAAUUGAAAUUUUAAAUAUUCAAAGACGAAUGCCAUUUCUGGGCGUCUUUUGUGAUCGUCCCCAAUUUCAUUCUCGAGUCCUCACUUUAAAAAGGGUUGCCACCUCUCCUCCGUGCUUUGUUUAAGUGUUAAAGUUGGUAAAAUCACUUAGCAGAUAUCUUUUAUUAUGUCUUUGCUGCAUGCAAGCAUAUGUUGCCGACAACAUUGGCCAAAAUGCAGAGCAAAUUUGGAACGUUUUUUUUUAAAGUAAAUUUUUAUUGCAAACAUUUAUGGACAAUGUGGUUUACAAUUUGGAACGGUUUUGUAGGCGCUCCGCAACGUGAGCACCGAAACCGAAUCUCUUCCCCGAACAUACGUCUCGAACAAUUAAAGAUAAUCGAGUAAAUUUUCUAGCUCGGAGAGUAAAAGAGAAGGACAAUUCUUGGAAAGUUUCAAUUGUUUUCACGUUGACGUUUUAGAUACCUUUUCUCUUUUUAUGUCUGCUGCAUGCAAGCACGUGUUGCCGACAACCUUGGCCAAAAUGCAGAGCAAAUUUGGAACGUUAUUGUAGGCGCUCCGGAACAUGAGCACCGAAACCGAAUCUCUUCCCCAAACUAAACUUAUGUCUCAAAUGAUUAAAGAUAAUCAUUUAGCAGAUAAAGACAUCAUUUAGCAGAUACCUUUUCUCUUGUUAUGUCUGCUGCAUGCAAGAAGGUGUUGCCGACAACCUUGGCCAAAAUGCAGAGCAAAUUUGGAACGAUAUUGUAGGCGCUCCGGAACGUGAGCACCGAAACCGAAUCUCUUCCCCGAACUAAACGUACGUCUCAAAUGAUUAAAGAUAAUCAUUUAGCAGAUAAAGACAUCAUUUAGCAGAUACCUUUUCUCUUUUUAUGUCUGCUGCAUGCAAGCACGUGUUGUCGACAACCUUGGCCAAAAUGCAGAGCAAAUUUGGAACGAUAUUGUAGGCGCUCCGGAACGUGAGCACCGAAACCGAAUCUCUUCCCCAAACGAGACUAUUCCCCAAACGAGACGUCUCGAACUAUUAAAGAUAAUCGAGUAAAUUUUCUAGCCGAUUGAACAGAAAAAGUAAAGGACGAUUCUUGGAAAUUUUCAGUUGCUUUCACGUUGACGUUUUUGCCACGCCGAAAGCGGGAGAUCCUCGCUUUCUUGUCUUUGCGUCGUAUUUGAUCGUCGCGCGCAGGGUCCUUUUUUUUUUUGCUUUUCCGAGGGGCCAACAAAGCGCUCGUAAACGCGGCGCCGGCGCGGACACUUUCGAAACCUGCCACUCACGCUUUGUUGCCGCGCGGCGGUUUUUGCGUCGGAUGGGUUUUUGCGUCCGAUCCGAGGAAGACCAGGAGAGGCUUGCAAAGAUUUGGGUCGACGGAGCCCCAAAACGCCGGGGAACCGGAGGGACAUCUUCCCGCUUCUCUUUCCGUUUGCCGUCGUUGUCGUUGUCGUGUCGCAUGAGCCGUGGCUUUGUUUUGGUUUGGAAGUGCUUUACUGGAAUUACGAAACCCCUUCACCUACACCAACACCCGCGCAUAUAUAUAGAAAUGGAUAUAUAUAUAUAUGUCUCUCCUUCUCAUAUACCCCUGGCUUUUAGCUCUGGCUGCUUUAGGAAAACUAUACGCAAGGGGGGACAAGACCGCACAAGAGGGCUCAAUUCGGAGGGAGGGUUUGGGGGGAUUUGUGAGCAGCUUGAAUGGUUCCGAUAUUUUCCUCUUAUUUUUUCUUUUCGUUCGAGAAAUGCACUUGCCUAUGAUAGCCGUCUCUCCAGUGAAAUGAAUUAACUGCUCCAUUACUCUAUUGAUACAAUAUUGUGCAUGCUGGUGUCGUAUUUCUAUAAAAGUAGCUUGAAAUUUAUUAACUUAUACUGUAGGUGUUAUGUAUUCCUAUGACAAAUAGUCUUCAACGAUUUUUUAAAAAGUUUUUUUUAAAUUUAUUUAAAAAAAUUUAUUUUUUUCGUUUGGUUCCUUUCUGUUUUGGAGAAUUUAAAAAAAUAAUUAAGAAGUUUGCUCUCCCGAAUAGUGAACGUAACGAAACCGAUCUCGAUGUUGCUAUAGUGACAUGCGAUUCUAUGCGAUUUCGUUCUCUUUUUAUUCUCUCUCUUUAAUUUACGGGGGGGGGAAAACAAAAAAAAAAGGAAAGCAAAAGAAAAAAACACCAGUGUUAGCUUAAUCUUAAUGUCUGGUGUCCGUCAUGGUGAAAUUAUAACUAUUACAGUGUAGGAGACAAAUGAACUAUGUUAUUUGAAUGAAGCCUUUGUUUGUGCUUUUUCUGUCAUGUUUAUGCAGUGAACUCUUUUUAAGGUCGAAUCAGUGGUUAUGAUUGCUUUUCUUUUUUCUUUCUCCCGACUCCGUGUUUCUGUAAGGGAUGAUUUCACACACGGACCAUUCUUAGCAGUUUUCCUCAGUGAUGGAAUAUCAUGAAUGUGAGUCAUUAUGUAGCCGUCGUACAUUGAAGCCAAUAAACUUAAACAGAUCUGAUGUCA